AUGACCUCCGAUAAACACAAUGUUGCCAAACCCUUCACCCCGUCCCUCAGCGCCGCCUUCCACCGCUCGACCAAGUCGCCCCUGACGCCGAAGCUGGCAAGCCCCAAUCCCACCUUGCCUGCAACCCGCCGACUGGCACAUCAUGAUCCCUAUUCCACUCCCUCCAAAGAUGAUCUCGCGAGCGCACCGACCUUGCUCAGCGCCAACAUCACCCCUCGAUCGGGUUCCCGCAACACACGGCGGGAUGGCACCAACACUUCUCCCUCAAAUACCCCAUCUCGGGCAACAUCACCGCAGACAACAUACUCCCAGCCUAUUUACGCGACGGGGACGUAUCGGAGCGAGCGCAGCCCUGGCCGCGCACCUGUGAAGGCGGAGCAACCGCGGAGCCUGAGGGCCAAAACAUUGACGGCGGAGGAGCAGCAGUCGUCCCGCCCGAGCUCGUUCUCGGACAUAUCCUCGGCGUCUCGCAUGUUCUUUCAUGCCUCUGAUGCUUCACGGCCACCCAUCGCCUCUGAUGUGGAUGCCACUCGCUCCCAGCCUGCCGGGAAGGUGUCACCGUCAUCCAGUUUCUUUUACGCGAAUGGCGACGAAGAACGGCAGUCGCCCAUUGAUGAGACCAAUUACACAACCUCUGUCGCGAAGCGCCGCUCUGGAGGCCUGCCUCGCACCAUCCCUAGCAGCAAGCCUGGUCCAUCCCCCUCCCCAUGGUCAAAAUCACCCAAGCUGCCGAGCUCCGCCUCUCCGGCAGAAGACGCGCGAUCCUAUCUCAGUUCCACCCCGGACCACGUCCUUGAAAAAGUUGCACACCUUUAUAAUUCUCCCCCAAGCAUAACGGCCGACACACCGCAACCUUCUAUUGGUCGUCGGCACAGCAAAUCAUACAGCGUAGACACGACAACUAGGCCGCCUGACAGUCUACGAGCAAGUCCGAUAAUCGUGUCGCCCAGUACAUUUUGUGCGGAUGGCAUGACACCGGUCAUGUCGGACCAAAUCCCCACCCUUCGCCCUCGUAUCUUCAGCAAUGGUUCGUCAGCUUCAACCGAACCCCUUUCACCUGUCCCUCAGAGCCCCAGCAAGUCAGAAGGGCCCGGUGCCCCGGCAAAUGAUAUGGCGCUUAAUGCGCGUACCGAACGCAAGAUUCUGGACCUGGAGAUCAGCAAUUCCUCUCUGCUCGCCAUCAACCGCACGCUGGAGCGGGAGAUGCGGAAGCAAAAUGCAGAGCUUCGCCGUUACCGCCGAUUAAGUCGUUCUGGACGCAUAUCCAUGGCACCAUCCAUACGCUCGGUUUCUGGAACAGCUCUUUCAGUUACCAGCGAGGUAGACGAGGGAAGCAGUGAGCUGUCCUCUGUUCGCUCUCAGGAUGAGUCCGAGUUCAGCGAUGAGGACUCUGUCCCGGAUGAAGGGGUCAUGAGUCCGGGUUCUCUCGCAGAACACGAUGCCAAACAUCGAGCCCAAGACGAAAAACGCUUGUUACUUGAUGUGGCCCGACAUCAAGAACUUUUGGUUGACAGUCAGAAAAUGAACCAAAGCCUCAAACGCUGCCUCGGCUGGACAGAAGAGCUCAUUAAAGAGGGCCGCAGGGCGCUCGAAUAUAACGUGCAUGUCCAAGAUAUCGAGCUAGGUGGCCGGGUAUUAUCUCCAGAUGAACUCGGCGAGCUCGGCGAGAGCACCCAGGGACUGCUCAGUCCGUCCACAGAGUUCAGCUCUGUGUUUCCUUCUCCGGAAAUUCCAUUUGAUGCACCUGAUGCCACAGAUGCCCCUGAUCAGCCGACUGAGCCGGCUGAAUGCACUGAAUCGACUGCCACCACAUGA